AUUGAAUAUCAUCUGAAAAAAGGCAAAGAAUUGGAGUAUUAAUUAUUAAAUGGAUCUCUCUACACAUAUUUAGUCAAAUUGGGAUUUAUUGGUUGAGCAGUCCCUUUCCUUGUAUACACCGUCUAUAUCCUCAAUAUAACUACCAAAAGACAACAACAACAGCUACCGCAUUCUUCAGAAAAAAAAAAUUAUGUUUCUUCUUCUCUUCACGCCUUGGGAUUCUCUGAAUUCUUCCUUCUCCUAGUUCGUUCAUGUCGGUUAAUUUCUUCCAAAUUUUGUUAUAUACAUCAUUGAGAAGAAAGAGUCUAUUGAAGAAAUGGAAUCCAUGGGAGUCGGAUUCAUGGCAGUGUUUGCUGUUUCAGGAAGCGUAGUUCUCAUUGCUCGUCAACUCCAUAAGCGACUCGUCUCCGAUUUCAUGAAGAAAAUUGAAUUCGAAUUGACUGGGUCAGCGAGAUGCAAUGGAGGGAGGAAGGUGAAAUUCGCUGAGGAUGUGAUGGAGCCAUCGUCAAAUAACAAGGAGUACAGGAGGAGACCAUACCUGAUGAGGUCGGUGAAAGGUGGCGGUGAUGAGGAUGAGGUAUUGUUGGUCAUGGAAGAUAAGGACAGUCAGAAUGUCAAGGUGAAGGACAAAAUGCCUCCUAAUUGGCAAAUUUUGUAUGAAGGGAAAUAUAAAGCCCUUCAAAGUUACAAUGUUUGAUGUUUGUAGGUAGAGCGAUUUUUCUUGAUUUGUGUAAACAAAUGGGUAUAGCGUGCAAGUUUUUUUUUUCCUAAUAUAGGGAAGGGAAUGGAAAGGCUCGAACUCGAGACCUCUAUAAAAUACCAUGCAUAUAAGUGUCGUCUGAGUUACC